AUGGCUUUCACCGAGGACAGCCUCAAGGCAAAGCUCUCAUCGCUCAACGAGACGCAGGACGCCAUCUCCACCGUUGGCCAAUGGAUCCUCUUUCACAGACGACAUGCCGAGCGCAUUGCCCAAGUAUGGCUCCAACGUAUCAAGGAGGUGCCGCCAAACAAGAAGCUGGUUCUCAUAUAUCUCGCCAACGAAAUCACGCAAACCUCCAAGAUGCGCAAGAAGGAGGAGUUUUUGCGCGCAUACGAGCCCAUCCUGGCCGAAGGGACGACAGUAGCCUACAAAGGCUCCCCCCACGAGAUACAGAACAAAAUUAGGAGAGUAGUCGAGGUUUGGAGGCAGCGCAAUAUCUUCAACCAGGCCGUACAGCAGGCAGUAGAGAGGUCAAUAGACGACGUUGACCGCACCAAGUCUACGCGUAAACCUGCUCUUGGCGGAUCGCUGUUCUCCAGCUCGACAGUUCCGCCUGAGCUCACGCCUGUCGCGCCGCUGGCGACCACCCUCCAGAAAGCCGACCUCGCGACAAAACCCGCCGUCACCGCCGCCAACCAGGACUAUGAGAAGCUCACCAACCCAAACGCUGCGAUUCCAUCCCCGCCCAUGCACGCUGCGGGGCUCGCUGCGCUCUGUAAGAAGCUUGCGCUGGCCGAAGGUGCCGUCGCUGAGAGCAUCAAGGCACGCAAGGCCCUGAUUACCGGCCUUGAGCAACUCCUCGAGACGAACAAGAGGAAACUGGUUGACGAGGAGGCACAGGAGGCUGAUCUGAAGACGCGCAAAGACGCCAUAGAAAGCCGAAAGCGCGCUGUCGAAGAGGCCAUCCUCAAGGGCUUGUCAGCGGCAGAGCAGAAUAGGAUCUCGACUGCGCCUCUUCCGGUUGCUACGACCUCGCCGGUCGCUGCUACCUUCUCAGCUGCGCAGGAACGCCCUGAAGUCGAGGAACUCACUCCUCCGCCUAUGGAGUCCUUCACACCUGUUGGAUCCCCCCAGCAAGCCCCCGCACCCAGAAACGACCCCGUACCGGCCAUCCGCGACGACGAAAUGCCCCAGCCCGUCGCCCAUCCCGUUGUACCAGAGACCGCCCCCGCCCCCGCGCAUCACACAACCCAGCCAGAGUAUGCAACCUCGAUUGGCGAGCCGAACCAGCACCCAGCUGCAGAUCUCCUCAAGAGCCUGCAACACGCGCGACCAGGAGCCGAGGGUGGUAUCUAUGGCCAGCAAGCGUAUGAGAAUGCGCACAAGAAGAGAAAGAUGAGCAGGAAUGCGGACGAUGACUUUGCCGCAUUCGCUGGUGACCGAGACAUGGCCGGUAUUGACGACAACUUUGCCGAGCUGAUCUAG